AGGGCUCCGGUCGCUGGGACCGCGGAGCGCUGCCGGUGCCUGGGGCUGACUGCAGCGCUGCUCCUCCGCGGCGCGACAAGGCGGAUCCUCGCUCUGCACCCUGUCUGGGGUUCCCCAUCCGUUUGCGGCCAUGAGUAGCGAAUUCCUGGCGGAGCUGCGUUGGGAGGAUGGGUUCGCCAUCCCGGUGGCGAACGAGGAGAACAAGAUACUGGAAGGUCAGUUGUCAAAGCUGCAGGAUGAAAGAGCAAGCUUGCAAGAUCAGUUACAUGACUAUGAAGAUCGAAUAAAUGCUAUGACUUCUCACUUCAAAAAUGUUAAGCAAGAGUUCUUAUUUACACAGUGUCUCUAUAAGGCAAGGGAGCAUGAGAUUGAAAGUGAAGAACAUUUUAAGGCCAUUGCUCAAAGAGAAUUGGGACGAAUGAAAGAUGAAAUCCAACGACUGGAAAAUGAGAUGGCUUCAAUCCUGGAAAAGAAAAGUGAUAAAGAAAAUGGCAUAUUUAAAGCGACUCAAAAAUUGGAUGGUUUGAAAUGUCAAAUGAACUGGGACCAGCAAGCAUUGGAGGCCUGGUUGGAGGAAUCAGCUCGUAAAGAUAGUGAUGCCCUUACUCUUCAGAAGUAUGCACAAAAAGAUGAUAACAAAAUUAGGGCAUUGACCCUGCAACUGGAAAGACUAACUUUGGAAUAUAAUCAGAGAAGAAAGGUACUUGAUAACGAAUUUACCGAGACUCUAAGUGCACAGUUAGAGUUGGAUAAAGCAGCCCAAGAUUUUCGUAAGAUCCAUAACGAAAGACAAGAACUCAUUCAACAGUGGGAGAACACAAUAGAACAGAUGCAGAAGAGGGAUCGAGACAUAGACAACUGUGCUUUGGAACUAGCAAGGGUAAAGCAGGAGACAAGAGAAAAAGAAAAUUUGGUGAAGGAAAAGAUCACUUUUUUGGAAAAUGAGAUUGGGAAUAACACAGAGUAUGAGAAAAGAAUUUCUGCUGCUGAUCGUAAACUUUUAAAAUGUAGAACGGAAUAUCAGUACCAUGAAACCAGCAGAAGUCAGCUGAAGGAUGAGCUGGAUUCGUUAAAAGCCACUGUGAAUAGAACUUCCAGUGAUUUAGAAGCUAUAAGGAAAAAUAUUUCCAAAAUAAAGAAGGACAUUCAUGACGAAACAACAAGGUUACAGAAAAUUAAAAAUAAUAAUCAGAUCAUAAAUAAGAAAUUAAAGCAGAUAACCGAGAAAACUAUGACUGUGGAGGAGAAAGCUACCAACUUGGAAGAUAUGCUAAAGGAGGAAGAAAAAGGUGUAAAGGAAGUGGAUGUUCAGUUGAACCUCGUAAAAGAUGUGCUAUUUAAGAAAGUUCAGGAGUUACAGAAUGAGACAGUGAAAGAAAAAGCUAUUGUAUCAGAAAUUGAAGGAACGCGUUCCUCUCUAAAGCAUCUCAACCAUCAGUUACAUAGACUGGAUUAUGAAACCUUGAAGCAGCAAGGAAUUAUGUACAGUCAGGAUUUUUACAUUCAGCAAACAGAACGGAGAAUGUCACGGUUAAGGGGAGAAAUUAAUUCAGAAGAAAAACAAGCCCUUGAAGCAAAAGCCCUCGAACUUAAGAAGUCUCUGGAAGAGAAAAAGUCUACAGUUGGUCUUUUGGAAACACAGAUCAAGAAACUUCAUAAUGAUCUCUAUUUUAUCAAGAAGUCAAAAAGUAAAAAUUGUGAUGAAAAACAGUUCUUUAUGACCAAAAUAAAUGAACUAUCCCUUUUCAUCGAAGGAUCGGAGAAAGAACUUAAAAGGGCCAAAGCUUUUAAACAGGAUUUGAUGAUAGAGGACAAUCUUUUAAAACUUGAAGUUAAACGUACUCGAGAAAUGCUUCACAGUAAGGCAGAAGAGGUUCUUUCCCUUGAAAAAAGGAAACAGCAGUUGCACACAACUAUGGACGAGCGAACUGAAGAAAUUAAAGUUCACAGAGCAAUGCUUGCAUCACAAAUAAGACAUGUUGAUCAAGAACGGCAAAACAUAAGUGCUGAGUUUCAUGAGCGGCUAAGUAAAAUUGAUAAGCUGAAGAACAGAUAUGAAAUUCUUACUGUCGUUAUGUUGCCUCCUGAGGGAGAAGAGGAGAAAACACAGGCCUAUUAUGUAAUCAAGGCUGCUCAAGAAAAAGAAGAACUUCAAAGGGAAGGUGACAGUUUGGAUGCUAAGAUCAACAAAGCUGAAAAAGAAAUCUAUGCUCUGGAAAAUACCCUGCAAGUGCUGAACAGCUGUAACAACAGCUAUAAACAAUCUUUUAAAAAAGUAACUCCAUCUAGUGAUGAAUAUGAGAUAAAAAUUCAACUAGAAGAAGAAAAAAGAGCCAUUGAUGAAAAAUACAGAUACAAACAAAGACAAAUCAGAGAACUUCGAGAAGAUAUUCAGAGCAUGGAAAAUACAUUAGAUGUUAUAGAACAUUUAGUGAAUAAUGUUAAAGAAAAAGUAUCAGAGAAGCAGGCAUCUUCUCUUCAACUAAGUAAAGAAACCGAGGAGCAGAAGCCAAAAUUAGAAAGAGUGACUAAACAGUGUGCAAAACUCACAAAAGAAAUCCGUCUUCUGAAAGACACAAAAGAGGAAACACUAGAAGAGCAAGACAUAAAACUUCGCGAAGUGAAACAGUUUCACAAGGUCAUUGAUGAAAUGUUAGUUGGUGUCAUGGAAGAAAAUGCUGAAAUACGUGUUAUCCUUCAAACAUACUUUCAACAGAGUGGUUUAGAACUACCUACAGCUGGUACUAAAGGCAGUCAUCAGAGUUCUAGAUCUCCUUCACACACUUCGCUGUUAUCAGCAAGGUCAUCUAGGAGUACAAAUACAUCUGCUUCUCAGACUUCAAUUAAAAUAUUGGAGCUCAACUUCUCGGCCUCCUCUUCGCCAGCAGGCAGCACUUCUAGGCCAACCAGUGCUAGUAGUAGCUCUAGCACUGGUCAAAGCAAAAAGAGCAGCAAAUAGACAUUUUAAUCUCUUCUGAACACACUGUAGACACAAAAACAAAAACCUCAUACUUUAAAAUACAUGAUGACUAAACAUGUUUUAUCCAGUGGGAAGUAUAAAAACUGUCAGUUUAAAAAAGUUAAGUUGUUUUCUUAGUUUCUCUAUAUUUUCUUCAUACAGAAGGAAAACAAUAGCAGAUUCUUGGCAAGACUACGUGUUAUAUAAGCAUAGGGAAAAUGGUGUUUUUCACUGUGAUUUUGAUGUUUGCAAUGUUAGAAAAGAGUUUGCUUCAUCAUUUCACGAAAGUAUACUCACUUCUAAUGUAACAAUCUUCCAGGAAGGUAUUUCUAAAGAUUCACUGAACUAAUUAAGAGCUUGUGACAAUGUGAAAAUUCUCAUUUUCCCUAGAAGAUCCCCAAAUUAGGUUUUCUUUAUUCAAAGUAAUUAUCAGACUUUUGGGGGGGAAAAAGAUCUGUUAAAGGUAGUUUUUUCCUUUGGUAUAAUUUUUAACCAAAAAAUUAGCCUACCCCAAGAAAACAAUUGAUAAGAAACACUGUAUAUCAAGAAAAAAAUGCAUCUUAAAUUUCUAAGAACUGCUUCAUUCUGACUCUGAAAGAAAUCAAACACAUUAAAGAUUUGUCCUCAGAUACAGCCAGCCAAACAUAAAGAAUAAAUUUUGAAAUUUUGAUUUAAUAAACAAUUUAAAGCAAGCUAUGAUUUGACUUACAAUUGGAAUUUCAUAAAUUUACAGUGGAGGUAGACCACCAGAUUUAGUAGUUUUUCCAGUUAAUACUUUAUUAUAACAUGUGCCCAACACUUUGAACUCUUGGAAUGAAGUGUCGAAUGUUAUAAAACUGGAUUUCAAAUAAAUGUAUUCAAAU